CGAACACCUCGGAAUCAUGCCGUUGGUGUUGACUCUUUGCCUGACUCAGAAUAGUCAGCCCUGUGUCAAACCAGUCAAUUCUCUGGGUGUCUGUCGGUUCGCGGUUUCCCUUUGUCAAAGCUCAUCACCAGACCCAUGGUCGUGCACGCACCAGCCUCGUAUCCGACAGGAAGAUCGCCAUGAGCGGGAAGUGAUCAUCUCGAGCAACCGUGUCGGUCGCGCGAGGAAGCGUGAACCCGUGGAACUUGUCUUGCUUUUCCGGACAUGGACCUGUUCCUGCCUGUCUGCCUGCCAGGCAACGCUGUGGAGUCGCCAAAUCUCGACCAUUCUUGCCUCACGUCGAAGGAGACGGGAAUAAACUCCGGUCAAAGAAAAAAGCCACCAAUUUCUUGCUGAUGAAUGUUCAUUUUCUGGUCGCUGAGUCCCUGACUGCUGGCGCAAGUGGGGUGUGCAACCUUG